GUCUGAAGGGGUAGUGUCGCUAUAUUAUACUUGGACUUUUCUUUCAUGAUGCCUAAUAGCGAGCCCAGCCUGACGGACUGCGUUCUCGGUCCUCCACUGUCAACAAUCAACCGACGUCAACGCCUUCUCCGCAUUGACAGUGCUAUUUCGACUCCUGCUUCCACCCAAGCUGAUACAUCGGGUGAAACGGAUCCCCUGCAUCCGAAUGCAACUAGAAAUCAUUCAGAUACUUAUGGAACCAUCUCUCAUUUCAAAAAGCCGCUAUCUCGAAGAAGCACCUCAUCUAUACUCCAAUCCCCAGCAUCCUCAACAUUUGACCUCAGGAACUCUCGACUUUCGCUACGCCCCAUUUCGGCUUACGAUGCCCCUUUGGAUUCGAGGAAUGAUGACAUGUCUGCCCAUUUGGAUGCAAAAAUCAACGGCAUCCGAGUCUGGUACUCCUCAUUCACAUCCAUCGAUUGGCUGCACGACGCUAUUAAAGAUUCCACCCGGUUUUCAAAACUGAGAAGAGGAAAGUCGUGGAGGUCCCGUUUACGUCUUGCCUUUGACAAGAGUUUGGGCUGGAUUAUUGUCACCGUUGUCGGCUUUCUGACGGCCAUCAUUGCCUUCCUCGUUGUACGCAGUGAGCAACUGUUGUUUGAUUUCAAAGAGGGUUAUUGUACGAGGGGAUGGUAUCUCGCACGACGAUUUUGCUGCCCUCAAGCGGACGAGGUUGCUGCUGUGUUUUCAAGCAAGGCAACGCAAGAUGUGUGCCUCUCGUGGAGGACUUGGUCUGAGGUGUUGAAGCGGAAGGAUGGUGAAGCCGGAAGCGAGUUUCUAGAAUAUAUUUCAUAUACAGCAAUUGCGCUCACUCUUGCGCUGACCUCAUGCCUUCUGACGAUAUAUCUCACUAAUUCAACGACUUUUGUGACCCGUAAAGAGUCUGGCGUUUUGUCUCCUGAAUUUGAUCCGAGCACUCCUAAUGGAGCCGCCCCAAGACGCAAGGUCAUGUUCUAUGCUGCUGGGAGUGGAAUCCCCGAAGUCAAGACCAUACUUUCCGGUUUCGUGAUUCACGGCUACCUUGGAGGUCGCACUCUAUUCACCAAGUCGGUGGGCUUAGCUCUCUCUGUAGCUUCUGGGCUGUCUCUCGGCAAAGAAGGUCCAUUCGUACACAUCGCCAGCUGUGUAGGAAAUAUCGUCAGUAGAUUCCACAGUAAAUAUGAGAACAACGAAGCCAAGCGUCGCGAAAUUCUCAGUGCUGCGUGUGCCGCAGGUGUUGCUGUAGCUUUUGGUGCCCCUAUCGGUGGUACCCUCUUCAGUUUGGAAGAGGUUUCUUACUUUUUCCCGCCCAAAGUUAUGUGGAGGAGCUUCUUCUGUGCCAUGGUCGCUGCUAUCACUUUGAAGAUGCUCGAUCCGUUUGGGACAGGAAAGCUAGUUCUAUUGCAAGUUACUUACGAGAAAGAUUGGCACGCAUACGAGCUACUGCCCUUCCUCCUGCUUGGUGUAUUCGGAGGUGUUUAUGGUGCUUACUUCUCAAAAUUGAACAUCAGAUGGAGUCGUUAUGUUCGCAGCGGCACCUGGCUAAGAUCUCACCCCAUUGCUGAGGUUCUCCUGGUUACGCUAUUGACAACAAUGCUUUGUUUUCUCAAUCCUUACACCCGUAUGGGAGGAACCGAACUCGUUUAUAGCCUUUUUGCCGAGUGUCGAACUGGAUCAACAAACACCCAUGCCGGCCUUUGCAUUGUCGACCCAGGCUCGCUUGACCAUGUCAUGCCUGUCGUUAACGCACUUCUCAUUGCUUUAGCAGUUAAAGGCGGUUUAACCGUAAUUACAUUUGGCAUCAAACUGCCUGCUGGGAUUUUCAUACCUACUCUUGGCGUAGGUGCGCUUGCAGGUCGUGUCUUUGGUAUCUGGAUGCGCUACUGGCAAUACCAGCGUCCAGAGACUCCGAUAUUCAAAGCUUGUGGAGGAGAUUUGGAUUGUAUCAUCCCCGGAUUGUAUGCCAUGGUAGGAGCAGCUGCAACUCUGUCCGGUGUUACCAGAACCACGGUCUCCCUGGCUGUUAUCAUGUUCGAACUCACAGAUACCUUGACCUAUGCUGUUCCCGUCAUGCUUGCUGUGCUUGUCGCCAAGACGGUUGCCGAUGCACUCGAACCCAAGGGCAUUUAUGAUCUUGUCAUUGACCUUCAGCAGCUACCUUACCUCGAAGCUAAGCACGAGUAUGUUUGGGGAGAUUUUUCAAUCGAAAAUGUCACGGUCCGCGACGUUGAAGUCAUUCGGCUUGACCGUCCUAACACAGUGAAAUCCCUCAGGGACCAGCUGCAAGUGUUAGCCUCGUUCUGUAAUGACGAUAGUGGAUUUCCAAUCCUCAAGAAGAACGCUCACGAUGAUAGAAUGAGGAUGACUGGGUAUAUUGGUGCUAAUGAACUGGAGCAUGCUCUCAGCCUCGUUGCUGACGAAGGAGAUGAAGAGGUCCAUUUCGCUCAUCAUGCCCGUCGGGGAAGGAUUGCUUCUUCUUCUUUCUCGUCUUUAUUGGAAAGCGCUCAAGAUGGGUUGGAUCUCUUUGAUUUCAGUAUUUAUAUGGAUCAGGCCCCUCUUACCGUACAAUCUAAUUCUCCAUUGCAAAUGGUCCACCAAUUCUUCGUUAAACUUGGUGCUCGCUAUGUCGUGGUAACGGAUACCGAUGGGUUUUAUGAAGGUGUCAUCGAUAAGAAGAGGUGGCUCGCUAUGUUGAGCGGAUUGGAAGAGAAAUAACGAUAUUGACAUGCAUGGGGAGACACUUAAUCAUAAACGGAACGACAGGAUGCCGUAGGACAACUUCUACUUUCUUAAUUCUUGGUACUUAGCAAGUAAUUUAUUGACCGUAAUUUGGAUCUGUAACGACC